AUGGGUAAUUUUUGUAAAUACAACUAUAUGGAAACUAAUAGGUUAUUAUAUAUGAAAUGUUUUAAAUGUAAUAAUUCCCCUAUGUAUACAAUUAGUAAAAAAGAUGAAUAUAAAAAAAAGGAAAGUUGGAAUUUUGUGAAUUCAUUACUUUCUCGAAAUUUAAUAUUAUUUACCUUGACAUUCUUAUUUUUAAAUAUAUUGAAUUGUGUAAACUAUAAUCAGUAUGAUUAUCCAAGUCAACAUAUUAUAAAUAAUUCUAUAAGACAUUUAUCUGAUUAUUCCUCAAGUAAUGAUAAUUUGAGUGAUGAACAAGAAUAUUUUACAACAUCAGAUGAUUCUGAAGAAGAGAAAAAGCAUAAUGAGAAGAUAAAUAAAAAGAGGAAAAAGUGUAAGAAAUAUAAAAAAAGGAGAGGAAAAUUAAGAGAAAAAAAGAAAGGAAAAAGUAAUUUAUAUCAUAAUGGAAAAAACAAAAAAAAUGUAUCAAACUGUAAGAAACAUAAUAUAAACCUAAAGAAUAAUUUAAAUAAUAACAAUGAUUUAUUAAAUAAUAAUUAUAAUAUAAGUAACGAUUGCUAUAUUUGUGAACAAAUGACUUCACAAAAUAAGACAAAGGUACCUUAUGGAUAUUAUGAAGAAAUAGAUUAUAUAGAUGAUGAUGAUGAUGAUGAUGAUGAUUCAUUUCGUAAUAAAAUUUCUAACGAAAAGAUUGAAUUAGUAAAUGGAAAUUCAAAAGAUAAAGGAAUAUAUUAUAAAAAUAAUUUAGGAAAUGAGAAAAAAAAUGAUUAUAGAACUGAAGAUCAAACUCAUUUGGGUAUAGAACUAAUUGAAGAAGAAUUUAAAGGUAGAAAUGGUAACCUAGAUGAAGAAAAUAUUGAUUACAAUAAGGAAAGAAUUCGAGAAAAUAUUUAUCAUGGUCUUGAAAAAAUUGAAGAAGAAAUUAAAGAAAGAAUGGAAGAACUAAUUGAUGAUGGAAGAGAAAUAGAAAAUGAAGAAAAUCGUGAAUAUAAUAAUAAUGAUAUAAAGAAAAGAAGGUUUGACGGAGAUCAAGAAAAUAUUACAAGUUCAUUUGAAAGAACACAAAAAUCUGUAAAAUAUGACAGUGAUGAAAGUGAAGAAUUAAGUGAGGCAGAAAGCAAUGGAGGAAUUCCAGAACAAAAUGGAUACGAUAAUGAAGAUGUUGUAUCUGGAAGCGAUGAAAAUAGUGAUAUAGAAAAAAAUACAGAAAUUGAAGAAGCGAAUGGGUAUGGUAGCGAAGAUAAUUCUUGUGCAACUGAAGAAGGUAGUGAUAGCAAUUUAGAAGAAAAUACGGAAGAAGGAAUAGAAGAUGGAAUUAUAGGAUUAAUUCAAAAUAUAUUUCAAGGAAGUGAUAAGGAAGAUGAAGAAGAAAAAGAAAAAAAUAAUAAAAAAAAAAAUGUAUAUAACUGGGAAUCAGGAAAAAAAGCAUUAGGAAAAUUAUUAAGUAAUUCUGAUAAAUUGAGCGUAAAUAAUAUAAAAUAUUCUGAAUGGAAUUUAGAACGAAUCCCAACCUUAGGAUUUUGUAAAGAAGAUGAUAGAGUUCAAGAAAUGUUUAAAGCUUCAAUUAUGGGAAAUAAUGAUGAUUCUACCAAAGAAGUAAAAUUUUUUAUUAAAAAGAUACCUAUUGAUAUAUGGUUAAAACAAUAUAAAUUGAUGAAUGAAUAUGAUGGAGAGUAUUUAUUAGAUGGAGAAAAUUUUGUGAUGGAAGCCGUAGCGUCAGCAUAUUUAAGUGAGCAUUACCCAGGAUUAAUACCUAAAUUAUACAAAGUGGUAUAUGAACCUGUUAACAAUAAUACGAACAAUAAUAAUGAUGAAAAAAAUAAUAAAAAACAUAGUAAUGAUAAGAAAUCCAAAGAAGAUAAUGAUGAUAUGGGUUAUCAUACAGGUGAUGAAAAUGAUAUUUUUGAAGAUUGCAACGAUUCCAAUAGUGAUCGCCCAAUUGAUGGUUAUGAUCAUUUAAAAAAAUUCAAUGAUAUGUUAACUAAACAACUAAAUAAUAAUAAGAAAGGAUAUGUUGUUUUUAUUUCUGAAUUAUAUGGUCAAGAUCUUUUUCAAUAUAUUAAUAAUAAAAAUGAAAAUAAAGAGACUGUUGUAAGUGUUGAAGAAAAAAAGAAAAUUAUGAAAGAAUGUUUGAAAUUACUAAUAAAAUUGCAUAAUGCAGGAUUAGCACAUCUUGAUAUAUCUCCAGAAAAUAUAUUAAUAUCAAAUAAUUCUGAAUUUCGUUUAUGUGAUUUAGCUAAAAGUGCUCCAAUGUAUACUUACAAUUUGAGACAUAUUAAAGGUGAUGAAAAAAAGUCCUUUUUAUUUCAAUCUUAUCAGCCGUGUAUUGGAAAAUUAACGUGUAUGCCAAAAGAAUGUUGGGAUAUUGUUAAAGAAUAUAUGCGAUUAAAAAUAAAAAAUCCUCUAGAAUAUUUAAAAUCCAUUAAAAAUCAGGAAGAAAGGAAAAAAUUUUAUUUUGAUGUGUUAAGUGCAGAUAAGUAUAUGCUUGGAAUAUUAUAUAUAUGGAUAUGGAAUAAUAAUUAUAUAUGGAAAAGAGCUGACCCAUCAAAAGAUAAGAUAUUUAGUCAUUUAUUAAAUUAUAACAUGGAUAUAAAUUCCAUUAAGUUAGCAGAAGAUUGGCCAAAGGGUCUCAAAAACAUCAUCAAUAAAUUGUUAGAUUUAGAAUCUAGAAUGAAAAUAAAUUUGGAUGAUCUAGUUAAGCACCCUUGGUGGUUUUAUGAUGAAUAA